AUGGCUGCCCAAUUAGAGACCGGAAUCAGAUUCCUGGACGUGACGUCGAGGCCUUUCUCGCCCGACCCAGAUGCCCACCGCGGCCGCAAGAGGCACCGGAGCCUCACGAGGAGUGACAUGCCGGCGACCCACUACGGCGGCACGGGCGAGUCGAGCACGUUUCGCGGCCGUCCCCGCCGUCGAUCGACCUCCCCGAUGGCGCUCUCCUCUCGGGCGUCCUCUCGAGGCCUGCUGAACCCUUCGGUCUCCCCGACGAGAAAGCGGCUGCUCCGGGUCGUCCUCCUAGACCGACGACGGAGCCAAAGCCCUUCCCGGUCCCGGUCGCCCAAUCACCAACAGCCGCCGCCUCGGCGCCGUCAGAGGACCCGGAGCCGGAGCCGCACCCACACGAAGGAUGCGCUUCAGCCCAAGGAGCAGCCCCCUCGGCUGUUCCAGGAGCUAUUCAAGAAGUCGGGCAAGCCCGGCGAGGACUGA